AUGCCGUCGAUCGAUGCGGCUCCUCUUCAGGGUUUCGAGCAUCGGACCAUCGUCCCAAGUACUUCGUUCGUCGUGAUCGGUCACUCUUUUGGUUUGGUCUCGGCGGUGUACAACUACGACCGCCGUUCGGCAGCCUUGAACGAUGUGUUCACAGGCCUGUUGAAGAUGGUGUCGUUCAACUUCUAUGACGAUCAAUAUGGCUUUGGGACAGAUCUCACAGCUCCUCCGACCAAGGUCGUAGCCGAGACGGUUCAUUUUCUUUUGGGAUCAUCUUUUGAUCAAGAGAAGCUUCAGCUCUCUACCUCCCCAGUGAUCUUGGGGGUUACCUUCAACGUCGAGGAAUUCCCAGGAGAUCAAGGAGGUCUGAUUGAAGGGGGAACCGCUGCGGGCUCUGAAGAGAGCCGAUGUGGUGAUCUUCUACCCGAGAUCGCCGUAAAUCUGAGAGAUUUCGAGGGAGUGGAUGCCGAGGAG